AUGCUGUGGCUAAGUGUGUCUGGGCUGGACCUGGGCUCUGUGGUGACCUCGUCAUGGCAUCUUCUGCUGCUUGGAGCGGCUUCCUGGAUUUUGGCCAGAAUCCUUGCCUGGACUUAUUCAUUCUGUGAGAACUGCUCCCGCCUCAGAUGUUUCCCUCAGCCUCCUAAAAAAAACUGGUUUUUGGGUCACUUGGGCAUGAUUGAGCACAAUGAGGAAGGCAUGCAGCUGAUGACUGAAGCAGGCCAGAUUUUCCAAGAUGUCCAUCUUUGUUGGCUGGGACCAAUGAUCCCUGUGCUGAGGAUUGUUGACCCUGCAUUUGUUGCCCCCCUGCUCCUGGCCUCAGCUUUGGUGGCCCCAAAGGACACGACUUUCCAUACCUUUGUGAAGCCCUGGCUGGGGGAUGGGCUCUUCCUGAAUUCAGGUGACAAGUGGAGCCGCCAUCGCCGUCUGCUGAUACCUGCCUUCCACUUUGACAUCCUGAAGCCCUAUGUGAAGAUUUUUAACCAGAGUGUGAACAUCAUGCAUGCUAAGUGGAAGCACCUAUCCUCGGAAGGCAGUGCACGUCUGGAAAUGUUUGAGCACAUCAGCCUCAUGACCUUGGACAGUCUGCAGAAAUGCCUCUUUGGCUUUGACAGCAACUGUCAGGAGUCUCCCUCUGAAUACAUUUCUGCCAUCUUGGAACUCAGCUCCCUCGUAAUAAAAAGGUCACAUCAGCUCUUCCUGUACGUGGACUUCCUGUAUUACCACACUGCUGAUGGGCGGCGCUUCCGCAAGGCCUGUGACCUGGUGCACAACUUCACAGAUGCUGUCAUUAGGGAGAGACGGCACACUCUCUCCAGCCAAAACCUUGAUGAGUUCUUGAAGUCCAAGACUAAGUCUAAGACUCUGAACUUCAUUGACGUUCUCUUGUUGGCCAAGGUGUGCUCAUGCCAUGACACCACAGCCAGUGCACUCUCCUGGAUCCUGUACAACCUGGCAAGGCACCCGGAAUUCCAGGAGCGCUGCAGGCAGGAGGUGCAGGAGCUACUGAGGGAUCGAGAGCCUGAGGAGAUUGAAUGGGACGACCUGGCCCAGCUACCCUUCCUGACCAUGUGCAUCAAGGAGAGUCUGCGGCUGCAUCCCCCAGUCAUAGACCUCCUCCGCCGAUGCACCCAGGACAUUGUGCUACCUGAUGGCCGGGUCAUCCCUAAAGGGAACAUCUGUGUCAUCAGCAUCUUCGGUAUUCAUCACAAUCCAUCAGUCUGGCCAGACCCUGAGGUCUAUGACCCCUUCCGCUUUGACCCAGAAAACGCACAGAAGAGGCCUCCUCUGGCUUUUAUUCCCUUUUCUGCCGGGCCCAGGAACUGCAUAGGACAGACUUUCGCUAUGAAUGAGAUGAUGGUGGCACUGGCGCUGACUCUGCUGCGCUUCCGCAUCCUGCCGGAUGACAAGGAGCCACGCCGGAAGCCAGAGAUAAUCCUGCGGGCGGAGGGCGGGUUGUGGCUGCGGGUGAAGCCUCUGAGCAGGAGUGCUGAAUGA